AUGGAUUUGGCUGAAAAUUUGUUCUCUCUGGUCCACAGUGCAGAAGGAAUCACCGUGAGCAUUGAGCGGUUGAUAAAUAAUGCAUUUCCUUUGUUUUGCAGGAAUUCUGGAGGCCGAGGUGCAGUCCGAUCAGCAGCGAGCAGUUUACAUAGCAAAUCUAAUAGAACCGACAUGAUAGUAAAUGGUUCUUCAUCUCCAGCUGUGGUUGAGCAAAGUCAUGAAAGCAUUAAGCACCGUGACAAGACAGUUCCACCCCAGUGGAUACACAAUCAGACGCUGUCACUGACCAUCAGAAAACACAUCCUGAAGUUUUUGGAUGCUGAGAAAGACAUCUCGGUGCUCAAGGGGACUCUGAAACCAGGAGACAUCAUCCACUAUGUGUUUGACAGGGACAGCACCAUGAACAUUUCCCAGAAUCUCUAUGCCCUCCUACCGAGGACAUCUCCACUGAAGGGCAAGCACUAUCGGACCUGUGCCAUUGUGGGGAAUUCGGGCAUCCUGCUGAACAGCGGCUGCGGCAAGGAAAUUGACACCCAUAGCUUUGUGAUAAGAUGCAAUCUAGCCCCAGUGCAGGAAUAUACCCACGAUGUUGGAACAAAGACUGAUCUGGUCACCAUGAACCCUUCCGUCAUCCAGCGUGCCUUUGAGGACCUGGUGAAUGACACCUGGAGGGAGAAGCUGCUUCAGCGUCUUCAUAGCCUCAAUGGCAGCAUCCUUUGGAUCCCAGCAUUCAUGGCCAAAGGGGGCAAGGAACGGGUGGAGUGGGUCAACGAACUCAUCCUCAAGCAUCACAUCAACGUCCGCACUGCCUACCCAUCUCUGCGACUGUUGCAUGCUGUACGAGGGUAUUGGCUGACAAACAAAGUGUACAUCAAGCGCCCAACCACUGGCUUAUUGAUGUAUACCCUGGCAACUCGCUUCUGCAACCGGAUUUACCUCUAUGGUUUCUGGCCAUUUCCCCAGGGCCCAGACCAAAACCCUGUGAAGUACCACUACUACGACAGCCUGAAAUAUGGCUACAUGUCCCAGGCCAGUCCUCACACCAUGCCCUUGGAAUUCAAAGCGUUGAAGGUCUUGCACCACCAGGGAGCCUUAAAACUCACCGUUGGGCCCUGCGACGGAGCCACGUAAAAAGAGGCUUCUGGCAAGCCACUUUCCUGGAGGCUGUGCCCCAUGGGAGGAUUGGGGAGGGGAGGCCGGGAGGAGUGGUAGGUGGUGAGGUGGGUUUUCUUGGUUUGGGAGAAGAGCACGACAUGGCCGUAAGGGCUCUGCGUUGAAGUGGACCCAGCAUUUGGUGCAAGGAACAGAAGAGCUGGGGAAGAACCCUAAGAGAAGGUGGCCUUUGUCGUUCCCAGGCCUGGAAGCCACUGUGAUUUGUAUGGGUACUUUAGUGUGACAACUCAGUGUUAGGCCAGAUGUUGUGCGUGGUCUAGAAGUGAUAGAUAGGGCCGGUUUGGCUAAGAAAGCCGGGCUUUCCCCGGUUUGUGUUGUGUUCUUGGCUUAGUGGAUGUAGGGGUAGGGAUUAAACCUUAGAGAUGCUGUUUUUCAAGCAGGGCGGGACCACAGCAGAGACCCUGCAGGUCAGUUCUCAAAAGGCUUCUGGCCAAGGAGAGGUUAACCUUGCUAUAUGGAGCUUUUCUCAACGGGGCCACCAGCCGCGCCCAUUCAGAAAACAGCGGAGCGCCCGCACACAGCUGGCUCAGACAAAGCCAACCCAAGAUCCUCAGACACAAGAGGAUUGGCAUUUCUGACAUUUCCACUGGAAGAGAAAAUGUCAGCCCAUUGAUAGGACAGUGAGACUGGUCAUUUUUUAAAAAUAAGAGAUGGAAGUGGACUUCAAAGGGGGGGGCGCCGUUUUGUUUCCUGCUGUGGUUUCCCCCUUCCUUGGUAGAGAAGCCCCUUUCAGCGGUACUAAAUAAGCGAUGCCAAUCUGGGGCAUCCACUGGGCUGGGGUCAAAAAAGUCAGAGGGCAGCCACAAUUGUGCAAUCCAAGGCCCGCUCCUUUUUUUACAUGCUAAGCCCUGAUGCCAAUUGAAGGAAGGAACUGGCAUUCAGGGUUUCAGUUUGUAAAAGCGAAUUCACAGGCUGGAUUUUUUUUUUUUUUUUUUUUUUCCAAAAACUGUUUUAUUGUGCUUUAGCAGAUUUGUUA